AUGGGUCAAAAAGUUCAUCCUCUUGGAUUCCGAAUUGGUGUGACACAAACACACCGUUCGCAAUGGUUCGCAAAACCAAAAGAUUAUGCCAACUUGGUUAAAGAAGAUCUUAUUAUCCGUGAUUAUGUUGCAAAAAAUCUUACUGAUGCAAGCAUCUCACGUGUUAAUAUUUCUCGCCAAGUCGAUCGUAUCGAGAUCGAAUUUUUCACAGCCCGCCCUCGUGCCCUUGUAGGUGCAAAAGGGGAAGCCUUAGUAAAAGUGCGUGAAGCAUUAAAGGCAAAACUUCCAGCUCACCGUAGUGUAGCUUUAUACGUAACAAAAACAGUACAACCAGAAGUGGAUGCAGUGUGUAUUGCAGAAAAUAUUGCAAUGCAAUUAGAAAAACGUGCACCAUUCCGUCGAACUAUUCGUCAAGCACUUCGUAGUGCACAAAAAGCUGGUGCUGUUGGUAUUAAAGUACAAAUUGCUGGUCGUUUAAAUGGUGCUGAAAUUGCACGAAGUGAGUGGGCACGUGAAGGACGUGUACCAUUACACACUAUUAGUGCAGACAUUGAUUAUGCCACAGCUCGUGCACUUACAGUGUAUGGGAUCUUAGGUAUUAAAGUCUGGGUUUGUAAGGGAGAUAACAAAUGCUAA